UUUUAUUAAUUUUUGUGGCCAGUACAGUAAUUCAUCUUUGUCUACGCAAUAGUUAAAAAACAAUACCUAUGGAAAAUCCUACUUUGAAAAAUAUUACGGAUCCUAAUUUUGGGACUCCACCAGAAAUUCAAAAUGAAAUUUUACAAAAUUUAGGAGAACCACACAUAACAAGCUUUAACUACCUUACAGAAAAAGGCUUAGAUCAAGCAAUAGACAAUCUCACUCCUGUCGAAUUUACAUUGAAUGAAAGAAGAAUAAAAUUAGUUAUAACUAGUUGUACUUUCCAAAGUCCCGAGGUUCCUUUUGGAACCAUUGCUGUGAGACAAAAUACGAUUUUUCCUACAGAAUGUAGACAAAGAGCUGCCUCCUAUAAAGGAAAAUUUUUCAUUCAAGUUGAUUGGUUCGUUGAUGGUCAAAAACAACAAUCCUUUCAGAAAGAUUUAGGUGAUAUACCAGUAAUGGUCAAGUCUAAUCGUUGUCACUUGGCCAAUAUGAAACCAAAAGAUCUUAUUCAACACGGAGAACAUGAACAAGAGUGGGGAGGAUAUUUUGUAAUAAAAGGUCAUGAAAAAUUAGCACGUAUGCUGUUAAUGACGAGAAGGAAUUAUCCGAUAGCUAUUAAGAGGUCGGGUUGGAAACAGAGGGGUUCUCUUUUUUCUGACUGCGGUAUUUCCGUUCGGUGUGUUAAAAAUGAUCAGACGGCUACGAACAAUGUUCUCCAUUUUGUAACAGAUGGCUCAGCAAAACUUAUGUUCAGUUACCAAAAGAUAUUGUAUUACGCCCCACUAUGUUUAAUUUUGAAAUGUCUGUGUGACUACAGUGACCAAUACAUUUACCAAAAAUUGAUCCGGGGAUUUGAGGAUGACUUGUAUUAUUUAGACUGUGUUCAGAAUAUGUUGAGGGCUGUGCAUGUAGAAAAUUUGCACAGCAAUGCCGAUUGUAAAUCGUAUUUAGGAAAAAUGUUUCGAGUAAAAUUCUACGAAUGUCCUGAGUGGUAUACAGAUGUGGAAAUUACAGAUUUCAUCAUAAACAAAUGUAUUCUUAUACAUUUGGACAAAAAUGAGGAAAAAUUUGAAUUACUGGUAUUUAUGACACAAAAAUUAUUUACCUUCACUCAGGACAAGUGUAAAGUAGAGGGCGCUGAUGCAGUUAUGAUGCAGGAGUUAUUGUUAGGGGGACAUUUAUAUUUACAAAUAGUAAAAGAAAAAUUGCAAUCGUGGCUAAAUGGCUUAAAAAUUAACAUUGUAAAACUCUCAAACGCCUCAAAUUUUACACUUAGUCCAAGUGAAAUCAUGAAAGCUGCAAAAUAUACUGGGGGCAUCGAACAUGCCUUAGAAUUGUUUCUGGCAACGGGCAGUGUAAAUAGCAUCUCGGGGUUAGGUCUUAUGCAAGACAAAGGUCUAACCAUCGUGGCAGAAAACAUUAAUCGUAUGCGCUACAUGUCCCAUUUUAGAGCUGUUCAUAGAGGGUCGUUUUUCCAAGAAAUGCGAACGACUGAAGCUAGACAGCUUUUACCAGAUGCAUGGGGCUUUAUCUGUCCGGUUCACACUCCUGACGGAUCUCCAUGUGGAUUAUUGAAUCAUCUUACCAUGAACUGUAAGGUUACUGAUAUGCCCGAUGAAGAGAAAGUGAAAAAUAUACCUGUAGUACUAACGGAUCUCGGGAUGGUUCCAUUGAAAUAUGCUAUGACUGUGAACUUAAACAGUAGCUAUGUUGUGCAGUUAGAUGGAAAAAUUAUAGGUUAUGUUCCGAUUGGUGUUGCCGCAAGGUUAGUCGAUAAGUUGCGGUUAUUUAAAAUUAAGGGAAAGAAAGUGCCAAAUACGUUGGAAAUAGUACUGGUGCCUGUCAAGAACACUGUGUCUCAAUAUCCUGGUCUGUUUUUGUUUACUGGUCCUGCGAGAAUGAUGCGCCCUGUCAAGAAUUUGUUGACGAAUACAAUUGAGUUAAUUGGUACUUUCGAACAAGUUUACCUGGAUAUAUGUGUUACACCCGAGGAGGCGUACAAAGGAGUUACAACUCAUAUGGAACUGUCCAAAACAGCUUUCCUUUCAAAUUUAGCACAACUUAUCCCGAUGCCAGAUUGUAAUCAGUCACCACGUAACAUGUACCAGUGUCAGAUGGGUAAACAAACAAUGGGAACACCUUGUCAUAAUUGGGAUUUGCAGUCUGAGACUAAACUGUAUAGAUUACAAACACCAAGCACUCCUCUUUUCAGACCUGUCCAUCACGAUAACAUUUUUUUGGAUGAUUUUGCAAUGGGAACGAAUGCCAUUGUUGCCGUAAUCAGUUACACUGGUUAUGAUAUGGAAGACGCUAUGAUAAUUAAUAAAGCGUCCGAAGAACGUGGUUUAGCACACGGUUCGAUAUACAAAUCAGAAUUUAUCGAGUUAGAUCAUCCCACUUCUUACUUUGCUAGAGAUCCUGAUGCCAAAAAUUUAUCUCAGUACAUGGAUUCUGAUGGCUUGCCAUAUGUAGGAAGGAAGAUAUCUAAUGACGAGCCUUUAUACUGUUUUUAUGAUUGUGACAAGUCCACAUAUGUAGUAAAGAUGGUUAAAGGCAAGGAAGAGUGUUAUUUGCACAGUGUGAAAUUGUGUGGAAGAGUAGAAGUUAAAAGUCCUUGCAAAAUAGCUUGCUUAACAUACAGAGUUCCACGUAAUCCCAGUGUGGGUGAUAAGUUUGCUAGUAGGGCUGGCCAGAAAGGUAUUUGUUCCCAGAAGUGGCCUGCUGAGGAUUUGCCGUUUACGGAGACGGGACUGGUUCCCGACAUUGUGUUUAAUCCUCAUGGUUUCCCGUCUCGUAUGACCAUUGCUAUGAUGAUCGAAAUAAUGGCAGGGAAAUCGGCUGCCUUGCAUGGUCUCGUGCACGAUGCCACUCCCUUUAGAUUUACUGAAGAAGAUACGGCUAUAGAUUAUUUUGGUAGGCUUUUAGAACAGGGUGGUUAUAAUUACUACGGGACUGAAACUAUGUAUUCUGGCAUUGAUGGUCGAGAAAUGACCGCACAGAUCUUCUUUGGUGUUGUACACUACCAGAGACUAAGGCAUAUGGUUUCGGACAAGUGGCAGGUAAGAUCUACUGGCCCGACAGAUAUUUUAACUAGGCAACCCUUGAAAGGAAGAAGGAGAGGUGGUGGUGUUCGUUUCGGUGAAAUGGAACGUGAUUCAUUGAUAAGCCAUGGAGCAUCGUUUUUAUUGCAAGACAGGUUACUGCACUGUUCGGAUGAAACAACG